UUUAUGUUCUGUUGCAGGUGAGAGGACGAGGCUUAGCAGCGCUCGCCGAUCGAUCGUGUGUAUCACAUUUCUGCGAACCUCGACAGAAAGAGUCCGCGCGAUUAUUCGCGUUUCCAAAAUUUAUUCGUCGUCGCAUCUUCGGCAAAAGUAGUUUUGAUAAUCGCCUCCUUGUAAUAUCGUUCCUCGUCGAAGUACUGGACCGGGGACAAAAAUUGAUUCGAAGCGAAAGAGGUUCCGGACGGGAAGAGAGGAAGGCUCGUUGUUUUCGCACAGCGUGGGACGCGCAUACCCGAAACGAGAGUAGAAUUGCCGGAUCAUCAUAAUCGAGUGGACAAACUGCCGACAAACAAUAGGGACCUGGUCAGGAGCUUCCGAUGGGGUCGUGGUGCCGUCGCAAUCCGCGCCGCGUAUAUUCGUAAUAGUGUAUAUCGCGAUGAUAGGCUAGCCGGUGUGUGAAACGGCAGGAAGAGAUCGUCGUAGGGGGAGAUCGCCAUAGCUAAUCGUACCACCCAAGGUGGCACAGAUUGAGAGCCCCAUCAGCAUACAUCCUCUCCCUGGCUAACGAGAUACCGAGCGUGUAUCCAUCGAGUUGAUGCCCGCCACGUCGUAUUCGUCGGUGUUGUCAACACUUUUCUGAGAGAAUUCUUCUUCUUGGUGAGACGAAUCUUCUCUGAAUCGCAAUCGGAGAAUAAUCCGCCGCCAGCGGAUUAAAAUUUAAAAAACGCAAAAGUACCGCCACAAUCCAUCAUCAGGAAAGAAGAGGAGAGUGAAUUGAUCAGCGCCAGCCGGACGACGUCGAGUAGCGCCUAAUCCUUCGCGUUUGUCAUCCGCGCAUGACCUCGACCUCUUUUAUUUCUUUUGUCCUCUAUCGUCGCUUCUCAUUCCUCUCGACUUAACUCGACGUCACCACCUCGGUGCGUUUACUUCCGAAGAUACGACGACGCGACAAAAGGGAACAGAAAAGAGACAGAUUCGCUCUUAAGUGCCCCUCCGGUUCAUCCGCGGCAACAUCCUCUUCCCCAUCGGACGCACGCCGCUUCCGGCUAACUGGAAGUGACGCUCUAUGUAAACGAUUGCCGCCGGUCGGAACGCACAGGACACAGGAAGCGCAUCAUGGAAGUGGCGAGCGAGCUGUCGCCGCUGUCGGGAGCGGAGAAUCAAGGUAAGAUCAAGGAGAGAAGCUCAUAUUAUCCCAAUGAACCCAGACCCAUAACGCCGUUAACGAGGAAGGAAAGGGUGCGGUCCUGUCUGAGCCAUAAUGCGUUGACUAUACUAACUGUCGCUGGCGUUGUCGGCGGAGUGAUCCUCGGUAUAAUUUUGCGAAAUGCGCGGGGGAAAUGGACACAUCGGGAGAUUAUGUAUAUCAAUUACCUCGGCGAUCUGUUUCUGCGGAUGCUCAAGAGCUUGAUCCUGCCGCUGAUUAUCUCAAGUCUGGUGUCGGCCAUCGGCUCGCUGGAUCUGUCACUUAGCGGCAAAAUCGGUGUGCGCGCGAUCUGCUAUUACAUGACCACGACCAUCAGCGCGGUUAUUCUAGGUAUAAUUCUGGUCAUUUCGAUCAAACCUGGAGUUGGUAGUUCUGCCACGGAGAGCAAGAAGCCGGCGCAAAACGUUUCCACUAUCGACACGUUGAUGGAUCUCGUUAGAAACAUGUUUCCGCCGAAUCUCGUUCAAGCCUGCAUCUCCCAAUCUCGAACCGAGCUCAAGAUGCCGGAAAACAGCUCUAUUCCGACGGAUGAAUGGGAACUGGAGGAGAAAGAUGUGUCCGGUUCCAACAUUCUCGGACUGGUUGUAUUCGCGACGGUGCUGGGCAUUACUCUCGGUAAAAUGGGACCGCAGGCGAAGCCGUUGUUGAGUUUCUUCGAGUCGUUAUCCGGCGCUAUGAUGGUGAUCACCAACUGGGUAAUCUGGUUGUCGCCGAUCGGUGUGCUGUCCUUGGUCGCCUCCAAGAUCACGGAAAUGAAAUCACUGGACGAAGUGGUCGGCCAGCUCGGAUUGUACUUUUUAACCGUGGUGAUUGCUCUGCUUAUACACGGCCUCGUGGUGUUACCGGGAAUGUUCUUUUUACUGACAAAAAAGAAUCCCUAUAUCUACAUAUCGAAUAUGGCGCAAGCGCUUGUCACUGCCUUCGGCACGUCUUCGAGCUCGGCGACUCUGCCGAUCGCAAUCGGUUGCCUCGAAGAGAGAAACGGCAUUGAUCCGCGCGUUACCAGAUUUGUUAUGCCUAUCGGAGCAACUGUGAAUAUGGACGGUACUGCCUUGUACGAAGCUGUAGCUGCCAUUUUCAUCUCGCAAGUGCGCAAAGUCGGUCUUUCCUUCGGACAACUGGUGGCCGUCAGUAUCACAGCGACCGCUGCUAGCAUAGGUGCAGCAGGAAUUCCGCAAGCCGGCCUAGUAACUAUGGUAAUGGUGUUGGAAACUGUUCGACUUCCGGCCAACGAUGUCUUCUUAAUCAUUGCGGUUGACUGGCUGUUAGAUCGAUGUAGAACCACCAUCAACGUGAUCGGCGACUCGUUGGGUGCCGGAAUCGUUCAGCAUCUCAGCCGUAACGAGCUCGCGUUGCCGCACACAAAUACGCAACAGACACAAAACGGAGCCGAUCAUCACGCGACCACAUCGAUAUGAAAAAGUUUCGGUUUCGUUAUCCGCGUCUCCGCGAGACUGUGAACGAUCACUCGCUUCGCGAUCGGAUGAUCGAUUACUCAAAAACAUAUCCACGUUUCUCGUGCGGCUUGUCGCUCGUUUAAUAAUAUAUAACUCGCUAUAAUUGAAUUUUUGAAGACCCUUGAUAUCAAAAAUUAUGUGAGCAAAUAAAUGUGAAAAUCGAGAUUGAAAGAUAAUAAUACACAGGUAUAUGUAAAUCUAGUAGACAUAUUAUACUACUUGUUUAACCGCGUCACGUCUGAUUUUUUCAGGUUUUUGUAAGUUGCUUAAAAAAAUUUACAUACAUAUACAUAUAACAGCAAAAAAAAAAAAAAAGAGUGUAUAGUUCUUUCAAUCAGACAAUACGAUGAUCAAUGAUCGCGAAGUACGAUCCCGACAAAGUGUUCUUGCAAAUUUAGUAAAGUGUUCCGGUUUUUUACCUUUUAGUCAAAUUAUCAGUUUAGUGUUAAUUAUAUCAUGCGAACCAGAUUUUAUGCGAACGAAGGGAACAAUAAAAAAAAACUGUAAUCACAUUAUCGCAAUGCAAAAAUAUUUCGCGAGACCCACGCACAGGGGAUACGAUGUUCUAAUUUCUUUGUUUCAAUUAAUUAAACAUCUGUAUACGUACAAGUAAUGUAAAAAGAAUUUACUUCUAUAGUCACUUAACUGAGACACAUCCAGAGAGAAUAUAAAAUAUUACAUUACAUAUACGUAAAAUGGGAUAGAGUAUAAAAUAGUGAAUGUCAACGUCUCUGUAGCUUGCGGUGCGAGCAACGAGCGUAAUUCUUCAAAAUGAUAUAAUUUUGGAAUAUUAUAUAUGAUAUAUACAUAUAUAUA